AUGCCUGUAGCCUCUACACCCUGGGUGACCAACCGCUACCCUCCUGCUCGUCGCUCAGACCAUGUCGACGCGUACAAGAGUGAGAGCAAGGGGGAGGUACGAGUGCAUGAUCCCUACGACUGGCUCGAGAAGAAUACUUCCGAAACAGAAGAGUGGACUACUACUCAAGCAGGGUUUGCACGAGAAUACCUGGACAAGAACCCGGAGAGAAAGGUCUUGGAAGAUGAGGUCAGGAAGAAUACUGACUUCGCCAAGUUCUCUCCUCCUUCCUUGAAGGGAGAUGGACGGUGGUACUGGACCUACAACUCAGGAUUGCAGGGACAUCCUGUCAUCUAUCGCUCGCAGGACGACAAGCUUCCGGACUUCACCAAGGUCGAGGGCCCAGGCGGAGAACCCUUCUUUGAUUCCAACUUACUUUCAUCGGACGGAUCUGCGGCCCUAGCCACGGCGGCCUUCUCCCACUGCGGAAAAUUUUAUGCCUACGGUAUUUCACGUUCGGGAAGCGAUUUCUAUACAAUCUACAUCCGUCCCACAUCCGCAGACUUUGUCGCCGCGGGCGAUUCCCUCCCAUCUCAUGAUGAUCAGCGACUCUCAGAAGAGAUUCGUUAUGUUAAAUUCUGCGGCAUUAUGUGGACGCAUGACUCAAAAGGCUUCUUUUAUCAGCGUUUUCCCUCCCGGGAAUCUCACGGCACCGCGUCAGAUGAUCUUGCAGGGACGGAAACUGACAAAGACAAGCAUGCGAUGCUGUAUUAUCACCGUAUAGGUACUGACCAAUCGGAAGAUGUUCUGGUUCUCAGGGACGAUUUGCAUCCAGAGUGGAUGUGGGGCGCCGGCGUAACAGAAGUAGAUGGGCGCUAUCUAAUGUUAACCAUCAGUCGGGACACCGCGCGCAAAAAUGCGAUGUGGAUUACGGAUCUCGAGAAGAACGAAAUCGGACCGAACAUGCAAUGGGACAAGUUGAUAGACGAGUAUGAGGCUGCAUACUAUUAUAUUGCGAACGACGGCACGAAGUUCUACCUCAUGACGAACAAGGAUGCGCCGCGUUACAGGUUGGUGUCGGUCGAUCUCGCCGACCCGCCGGACCAGCGGAUGUUCAAGGAUGUGAUACCUGAGGACGAGGACGCGCUUUUGGACGAAGUACUCCCUGUGAACAAGAACAGCUUCGUUGUGAGGUUUAAUCGGAAUGUCAAGGAUGAAAUCUAUCUUUAUACCAUGGACGGCAGACGCCUCUAUCAGAUGCUACCUGACUUUGUUGGAACAUCAAUACUUACAGGGAGACGCGAGCACCCGUGGUUCUUCGCUACGCUCACCGGAUUCACGAAUCCUGGCAUAGUUCUGCGUUAUGACUUCAACGAGAAGGAGCAGGACGAAGCCAAGAAAUGGAGCGUGUACCGCAAGACACUUGUCCAGGGAUUAAAUUCCGAUGACUUCCUUGUACAGCAGGUUUGGUUUAACAGCAAGGAUGGAACGAAGGUACCCAUGUUCAUUGUGCGCCACAAGGAUACCAAGUUGGAUGGCACUGCCCCCGCGAUUCAGUACGCAUACGGCGGCUUUGCGAUGUCUGUGGUGCCCUUCUUCAGCGCGUCUUACCUUAGCUUCGUGAAGAUGUACGGUGCAGUGAUGGCUGUAGUCAACAUUCGAGGAGGCAAUGAGUUCGGCGAGGAAUGGCACUAUGCCGGCGCAAGAGAACGCAAGAUUAACUGCUCUGACGACUUCAUCGCUGCGACGCAAUACCUGGUUGACAACAAGUUCGCUGCUCCGGGAAAAGUCGCUAUUCAUGGCGCAUCGAACGGAGGGUUACUCGUGGGUACGUGUAUCAAUCGCGCCCCAGAGGGCCUCAUUGGUGCGGCCCUCGCGGAAGUUGGUGUCAUGGAUCUCCUGAAGUUUGCGGACUUCACUAUUGGACGAGCGUGGAUGUCUGACUUCGGCAAUCCUCAUGACCCUCAUGACUUCGACUACAUCUACCCUAUCUCACCAUUGCACAACAUCCCGACGGCCAAAGUCCUACCCCCGACGAUGGUGCUCACUGCUGAUCAUGACGAUCGAGUAGUGCCCUUGCACUCCUUCAAGUAUGCUGCCGCUCUUCAGCAUCUGCAUCCAGACAACCCACAUCCAUUGAUCAUUCGGAUCGAGAAGAAAGCGGGCCAUGGAGCUGGCAAGUCGACGGAGAAAAGGAUUCAAGACUCGGUGGAUAAGUUUGGAUUCAUUGUGCAGUCGCUGGGGCUGACCUUCAAGCGCACUUGA